UGCCAUGGCGAUGGUGCGGAACAGCGUGGGGGCCGAUUGCUAUGUGGCAGACGAGCUCAUCACAUCUCGUGCUCAGAGGCGCAUUCGCGUGGGGAACACGGACGCUGAGGGCAGGAUGGUGAUGGCAGACCUGCUGUGCGAGAUGAAGGAGCGGGCCCUGUCGGAGGUAGCCCCCGAGCUGUUCACCAUUGCCACCCUCACUGGGCACGCCAUCCGUGCCAUGGGACCCAAUUACUCUAUCAUCAUGGAUAAUGGUCCAGCCCGGAAUGCUGGGAAUGCUCAUCAGUGGCAGAAAGCGGGUGACGAGCUGGGCGAUGUGUUUGAGAUCUCCACUGUGCGCCGAGAGGAUUUCGAUUUCCACCGCGGCAAGUCUGAGUACGAGGACAUCCUGCAGUGCAACAACCUGCCCUCCAGCGCCACCCCUAGGGGGCACCAGACCCCCGCCGCCUUCCUCAUCAUGGCCUCAGGGCUUGACCAGCACGGUGUGGAUUCAGAGAAGCCACUCCGAUAUUCUCACAUUGACAUUGCCGGAUCGUCUGGACCGUUCCCUGGAAUUCCCACUGGAGCGCCCAUCAUCGCCAUGGCAACCAAUUACAUCUUGCACCGCCUCUGAGGACCAGCCAAGCGGAAGCAAGGUCCUGGUACUGUGGUCUAAAUACCACCCAAUCGGAAGCCAUCGCUGCCAGUACAGCCAACAACAAUCGCAUCAUUGUGAGUCGGCCAGUCAGGAGCUGGUUUGAUUUGAACAAAAACUCUUCACUAAAACACAGUAAGAAUGUAUGAAAGGUUACUGUCGCCGGUCAGUUGACCGGAUUGUCUGAUUAUCUAGUAGCUUAUUGAUCCCAGAACCUCAGGCAGGUAUCUCUUGCAGUUCCUAAUGAUUCAGCAUCAACCAUUUGAUGCCCCAUUCCAUCCGCUCACCACUGUGUCUCUCACUGAAUAAAAGCGAUUUGUCUGAA